AUGCAGGGCACGGCAGCGCGCCGCGUCAUCCUGCCGGGAGCGCGCCUCCGUUGCCAGUCCCGGACGAUGCGGUUGUCUGUGCGCGUCCUCUCCGGUCUCUCCCCCUGCACACCCGGCACCGACCCUCGCGUUCACCCCCUCCGCCAACAACAGACACACGCCAGCCCGCUGUCCGCACGGCGUGUCGGUGUCACCCCUGCACCCUGAGGCCUGUGCACCGACGCGGGGACGCAGCGCUGCGGUGGAUCCGGUUCUGGACAUGGCGCAGCCGAGGUGUCCGGCUUGGAUGAAGGACGCGUUGCGCAGUGGAGGUUGCUCAACUUAGGGAAAACAGAAAACCACGCGUUUGACCUCCGCUUUGUCUGCGAGUGAUGCUCUGAGUCUCUGUUGCAGGGGAAACCGAACUCAGGACCCGAGGCCCCACUUGAGGUCCCCGAGCCUCCCUUUGACCACCACACACCGAAUCCUCCACCGGGUUUUCCAGCCUCUCGUUGGUUCCUCGCAUCAUCCGGAUAAAGGGUCCGCAGCAGCAGCAGCAGCAGCAGCAGCCAUGGUGAAUGCAGCAGAGUGCGGGGUGAGAGUGAUGUGUCGCUUCAGGCCCCUGAACGAGGCCGAAAUCAACAGAGGGGACAAAUACAUCCCCAAAUUCAAAGAGGACGACACCGUGGUGAUAACGGCCAAGCCGUACGUGUUCGACCGCGUGCUGCCUCCGAACACGUCGCAGGGGCAAGUGUACGACCAGUGCGCCAAACAGAUCGUGAAAGAUGUGCUGGGCGGUUACAACGGGACCAUCUUCGCCUACGGGCAGACGUCGUCUGGGAAGACACACACGAUGGAGGGCAAACUGCAUGACCCCCAGCUGAUGGGAAUCAUCCCUCGCAUCGCCCAUGACAUCUUUGACCACAUCUACUCCAUGGACGAGAACCUUGAGUUUCACAUCAAGGUCUCUUAUUUUGAAAUCUACAUGGACAAGAUUAGAGACCUGCUGGAUGUGUCGAAGACGAACCUCUCGGUGCAUGAAGACAAAAACAGAGUGCCCUAUGUCAAGGGUUGUACUGAACGUUUUGUGUCCAGUCCAGAGGAGGUGAUGGAUGUUAUCGACGAGGGCAAAGACAAUCGGCACGUGGCGGUCACCAACAUGAAUGAGCACAGCUCCCGCAGCCACAGCAUCUUCCUCAUCAACAUCAAGCAGGAGAACAUCGAGACGGAGAAGAAGCUGUCGGGGAAGCUCUACCUGGUCGACCUGGCCGGCAGCGAGAAGGUGAGUAAGACGGGAGCUGAGGGAGCGGUGCUGGACGAGGCCAAGAACAUCAACAAAUCUCUGUCGGCGCUGGGCAACGUCAUCUCAGCUCUGGCCGAGGGAACAAAAACCCACGUGCCGUACAGGGACAGCAAGAUGACCCGGAUCCUGCAGGACUCGCUGGGCGGAAACUGCCGCACCACCAUCAUCAUCUGCUGCUCGCCGUCCGUCUACAACGAAUCCGAGACCAAGUCCACGCUCAUGUUUGGACAGAGAGCCAAGACCAUCAAGAACACGGUGUCGGUGAACCUGGAGCUGACGGCCGAGGAGUGGAAGAAGAAAUACGAGAAGGAGAAGGACAAGAACAAGGGCCUGAAGAGCGUCAUCCAGAGGCUGGAGGCCGAACUCAACCGCUGGAGGAACGGGGAGAACGUCCCGGAGGAGGAGCAGCUGAGCGCCAAAGAUCAGAAGAGCAUCGAGUGCGACAACACCCCCGUCAUCGACAACCUGCCGCCGGCCGGAGGAGGCGUCGCCGUCUGUGGCGAGGAGCGCAGCAAGUUCGAGGAGGACAUCAGCAACCUGUACAAGCAGCUGGACGACAAGGAUGAUGAGAUCAACCAACACAGUCAGCUGUCUGAGAAACUCAAGGAACAGAUGCUGGAUCAGGAAGAGCUGCUGGCAUCGACGCGGCGAGACUACGAGAAGAUCCAGGAGGAGCUGUGCCGGCUGCAGGCGGAGAACGAGCUGGCCAAGGAGGAGGUGAAGGAGGUGCUGCAGGCUCUGGAGGAGCUGGCCGUCAACUACGACCAGAAGAGCCAGGAGGUGGAGGAGCGGGAUCAGACCAACAUGCUGCUGGCCGAGGAGCUGCAGCAGAAGACGGUGCUGUUGUCGGUGGUGCAGAGGGAGCUGGGUCAGCUGCAGGAGCUGAACGGCCUUCAGAGGAAGAGAGCCGCCGAGGUCCUCAACCUGCUGCUGCGGGACCUCAGUGACAUCGGCGCCAUCAUUGGCACCAGCGACGCCAAGGCCGCCGGGUCCUCAGAGACGAACGGGAAUGGCUCGGCGGUGGAGGAGGAGUUCACGGUCGCUCGCCUCUACAUCAGCAAGAUGAAGUCAGAGGUCAAGUCGCUGGUCAACCGCAGCAAACAGCUGGAGAGCGCUCAGGCAGACGCCCACCGCAAGAUCCAGGCCAAUGAGAAGGAGCUGUCAUCCUGUCAGCUGCUCAUCUCCCAGCACCAGGCCAAGAUCAGGUCUCUGACUGACUACAUGCAGAACAUGGAGCAGAAGAAGAGACAGCUGGAGGAGAGUCAGGAUGCUCUGACUGAGGACCUGACCAAACUGCAGGCUCAGGAGAAAAGACACGAGAUGACGGGGCUGGAGAAGGAGGACAUCGGCCGACUGGAUGGAGGCGAGGAGAUCAAGAAAACACUGGAGGAGCAGCUGGAAAACCACAGGGAGGCUCAUCAGAAGCUGCUCAGCCGCCUCCGAGACAAGCAGAGGAUGCUGGAUGAGCUGACCGAUCUGAACCAGGGUCUUUUACUGGAGCAGGAGAGACUCAUGUCAGACUACGACAAAGUGAAGGCUGAAGAGCAGGAGAAGGAUGCCAAGCUGCAGAAACUGAUUCUGCUGAAUGAACAGAGGGAAGAGGCCAAAGAGGACUUGAAGGGGCUGGAGGAGACUGUGGCCAAAGAGUUGCAGACUCUCCACAACCUCCGCAAAAUGUUCAUUCAGGAACUCACCACACGGGUUAAAAAGAGUGCGGAGCUGGAUUGUGAGGAGGGACUUGGCAACGGUGCCCAGAAACAGAAGAUUUCCUUCCUGGAGAAUAACUUGGAGCAGCUCACCAAGGUUCACAAGCAGCUGGUCCGAGACAACGCGGACCUUCGCUGUGAACUGCCCAAACUGGAGAAGCGUCUCCGUGCCACAGCCGAGCGAGUCAAAGCCCUGGAGAAUGCACUGAAGGACGCCAAGGAGAACGCCAUGAGGGACCGCAAGCGCUACCAGCAGGAGGUGGACCGCAUCAAAGAGGCUGUGCGGGCCAAGAACAGGAGGGGCUACUCUGCGCAGAUCGCAAAGCCCAUCCGUCCAGGCCACCAUCCACUGUCAUCCCCCAUCAGCAGCUGCAUCAAGACCGGAGGCAUCUACACCCACUAAAACCACAACAGCAAGUUUAACCCUACGGACCACAAACGACUCCACGCAUGCCGACCAGUCCACCUGGAGCCACAAGCCCCGCCCCUUACAGUGGGAGCACCAGCGGGAGAUCAUCACAACAGUUUGUCGUUUGAAAAACUCACCGAUUUCAUUUGCUUCAGGCCUCAUUUCUGACUUUACGCAACAGAACAACGUGUAACGUUUAUAAACGAGGCCCUGAGUUUCUCUAUGAAGGAUUACGACAUGAAUUAGAAGUUUAGCAGGUGACUUGUUGCGUCUCUGUUUUUUUCACUUACGACUGCAACUUGCUUCCGAAGCUUGACGAGCCAAGUGGAACAGACCAACCUCUAGAUUAUUCAUUUAAUCCUAAACCAGCAUUCACUCAUUUAAAAGAAUACUUUUGACAUUUUGGGAAAUAUGCUUAUUUGCUUUCUUAAAAAGAUGGGGGGGGUGGUCUUUGAGAGUAUCUCAUCGUUAAGUUAAGGCGGAAAUGAAAUUCACUUACUUUAUGCAGUUAACACACUUAUUGACGCACAGCUCGUAAUGUGUCCCCCCCCCUCAAAAUACUCUGUUGGAUUUCUGUACAAAUAUCUUGAGCCGUGUCCUUUUUGACAAUCGUCCAAAAAACCCGCCAUCGAGCUUUAGAACGUAUUUUCAUAAUCUGUGCUGUUUGUAUAAAAUCUCAUGACCCUCGAAUAUUGCUAAAGUCUUUUUUUUGAAAGUCCAAAAUUACAUUAGCUUCUGUCCCCUGACGACACAACAUUUAAAUCAUGUUUUAAGAAAGUGUAAAGAUUUAAUUUAACGGAUUUGUUUAGUGUCAUUUUAUCGUCUAUUUGCGUUUCAGGAUUUUGAAGUUAUAAAAUUGUAUAUCAUUUUAAAUUAUAAGAUGUUGCCUGCUUGCAUUGUUCUGUAGCCCUGCAGGGACACUGACCAGCCAAUCAGAUGUUCCUCGGACUUGGACAGUAGGAGAAGGCCUAUUUAAACUUUCCUUAAAUCUCUAAUUUAAGUCCUAUAUUAACAUUUAUGAAACUGGAAAGUUCCUGAUCAGCAAGUCAGAGGACUUAAAACCCAAUUUAGUUAAAAAAAACUAAAGCAGACAAAUUAAAGGCCCCCCCCCCCUAUCUUGAAAUCCCUGCCCUCUGAUUGGCUGAAAAGUCUGUUUUUCACUCUGCCACACCUUGUGCCUUUGGAAACACCUGGACCACCUGACUAACAGACUUCAGUGGGUUGACCAUUGUUCAGAAUUAUUUAAGAAUCAACGUGGUUAAAUAUACUUACAUAUAAAUGCCCCCUGCACCUUCCUAAAAGCAAAAGAUUGUUAUCAACGAGAGCCCUUUACCCUCUAGUCAAAGAUUGGUUUGCGCUGCUUUCCGUUGUGCUGCCGGCUGAGCAUGUUUUUUUGAAUGUACAUUAGCGCCGACACACCGGACGGCUCUCAAGGCGACAGAGCGUCGGUAUAAUUGCUUUUAACAUCACGACUCUGAGCCAGAUUAUCUCCCUCCUCAUUCGAUGUCUAAUCAUUGGAGGGUGGUUGUCGGGGCAGCCGCAUCCGCCCUGUCCACGUUGAACAAGUGAAUGUUACUGCAUGGAGUAGAGCUCGUGUUGAAAGGCAUGCUCAGGGAGGGUGAACGGGCGGUUUGUAUACGAGAUGCGUUUACCUCAUCGUGAUGUACAUUUUGAGUUUGCACAUUGUUUUGUUUUUCAGUUCCCUUCAUUUCUUUUGGCUGUGGCAUCAUAUCUGAAUAUACCAACAGAUGCUAAUAAAGAUGUAUCUAUUUAA